GGUAGCCGGGCUCUCCGGUUGGGAGACGCGCUGGAGUGGCCGCUAAAGGGAUUAAGAGCAGCGCGGGGCGGACCGUGGUACCUGUAGGGCUCUUCUGGGUGCAUCCCUCCUUAAUAAUGACUUUUGGUCCUCAGAUGAUCUGCUGCUGGAUUCUGCUCUGCUGGUCCCAGAAUAAAAGGACGGGUGAGUUUGGGCUCAGGAAAGGACUCUUCUGAGGGGAGAGGCUUAUAUUUCUGACGACUGUUCAUCUUCAGCACAGAGAGGCUUAUCGCUCUUUGUGCCCUCCUCCUCUGCCUGUCAUCGUUGUGACAUGCUGCUUGAGCAGCCUUUGUCAGCCUUCGCAUGGCUCAUUUUGGCUCUUAACCGUGGCUGAGGAUGGAGACAUGAGAGGAGCAGCCUUUGUGGUGGCAGAGGAGACCAAGCCCCCCCUCCCGGAGGACAGUUGGACCCAUUCUCAACAAAAUAUAUUUGCAGCUUUCCCCCCCAACAGUGUGAAGUGGACCCUCCUGCAGAUCUGGACUUGGUUCUGGAGAGGAACGUCCCACCAUGUCUGACCCUCACCUGCCCGGCUUCAACAGCACCCCCGGCGGAGCGUGGAGCCUGGCUGGCGGCGGGCCGUGGCUGCUGGCCUUCAUGCUGACUGUCAUCAUCCUGGUGACGGUCUGUGGAAACCUGCUGCUCAUCGCUCUGGUGUUCGCCCACCGCUCGCUGCGCUGCACCUCCAACUGCUUCCUGGUGUCGUUGUUCUUCUCCGACCUAAUGGUGGCGUUGGUGGUCAUGCCGCCGGCCAUGCUGAACGUGCUGUGCGGCGCCUGGGUGCUGUGGCCCUCCUUCUGCCCCGUUUGGCUUUGCUUCGACGUCAUGUGCUGCAGCGCUUCCAUCCUCAACCUGUGCGUGAUCAGCCUGGACCGUUAUCUCUUCAUCAUCUCGCCGCUGCGCUACAAGCAGAGGAUGACAGCGCCCCGUGCUCUGCUGCUGGUGGGGGCCGCCUGGGGGCUGGCGGCCCUGGCCUCUUUCCUGCCCAUUGAAAUGAAGUGGCACAGUUUGGGCUCCGGGACCGGACGGGCGCCGGUUCCUGAAGGGAGCGGCAACUACAGCAGCUCCUUCUCUGAAAAAGUCUACCCCGAGUCCUACUUCCAGUCGUCGGUGUCUGGAGGUUCGUCCUUCCAGUGCCGCCUGCAGGUCACGCUCCCCUUCGCCCUGGUGGCCUCCGUGCUGACCUUCUUCCUGCCCUCCAGCGCCAUUUGCUUCACCUACUGUCGCAUCCUCCUGGCAGCUCGAAGACAGGCGAAGAGAGUGGCAGCUCUGAGUCACCCUCCACACCCCCACGCCUCCUUUGGAGGUCACACCCGGCCUCCUUCACCUGCCAUCGUGGUGGUGCAGGGCCCCCAAGGUGGACACGACUGCAGUCUGCAGGGGGGGGCUCCUCUGCCACAGAACGUUCCGCCGUCGGCUAACAGCGAGCGCCGCCUGGCUCACAGGCAGGGUCGAAGGGCGCUGAAGGCCAGCCUCACUCUGGGAGUUCUUCUGGGACUCUUCUUCAGCGCCUGGUUGCCUUUUUUCAUCGCCAACAUGGCUCAGGCGGUGUGUGAGUGCGUCCCCCUCGCCCUCUUCGACGCCAUCACGUGGCUGGGAUACUGCAACAGCACCAUGAACCCCAUCAUCUACCCGCUCUUCAUGAGGGACUUCAAGCGGGCUCUGGGGAAGCUGCUGCCCUGCUGUGUGUCCAGGUCGCCCAGGAGGCCCUCACCUGUGCUCUCCAUCUCUCUGCGCAACUCCGGCGAGCCCAACGUAGCCAGUAACCUGCCCUCUCCUCUGGCGUCCGACCACACUCCGCCCCCGGCCACAGCCACCGAUGCUGUCAACCUGCUGGAUGCUGAGCAUGCUGGGAUUGAGCUGCCUCUGCUGCUCCCCAAUCAGACGGACAAUCUGGACUGACUGAGGACACUAACCUACGGAAAAAUCAGCUGUUUAGGGAUCAUCAAGGUCACGGCGAGAUUCAAUCUGACAGCAACUCACCACGGUUUCAACAAAGACAGAAAAAAGAACAAUUUUAAUUUUAAUAGACCCCAGUUUGAAGUGAAAAUCAUAAAAGAAAGCAUUUUGUGUCAUUAAAAAGUAACAAAUCCUGCAAAAUUAUUUUUAGAAUAAAGCUUGAAAAUAAUUCUACUGGUAAUUUAAAUAUGUUUUAACCUAAAAAAAUCCCUAAUUCAAUUAAAAACCUUUAUUGAUCCUAAAGGGAAAGCUAGAAAAGCUGCAUUUCCUGCGAUGAUGCUAGUGUGGAUGCUUUUUGCUGAAAGUAGUCGCUGAAGAUGCUGAAGCUUUUUGCUGAAAUGGUGACACAGUUUACUUAAAGUGCUGAAGGGACUUACUGAAAAUGCAAAAGCUAUUUGUAAAAUGCUAAAUUUGCUAACAGACGGAAAAUUUUGUUUAAGAACUAUAAAAGAAAACUGAAGUUGAACUAAGAUUCUGAAAAUGCUUAAAUAUUCCUAAUACAUGCCAAUUUUGAAAAAAAA